AUGGAUGGCAUUGAUUCUCAUGUCGAGGAAACACAAGAUGUGAAUCAAAAUCAGAUAUAUACACAAGGACGAGAGCGUGGAAAGUGGGUGGUAAAUGUUAUAGAUUCAGAUUCAAAUGUAACAGAGGAACGUCUCACUGCAAAAGAUGUAUGGGGAAUGGAAAAACGAAGAAUCAUUCUAGAGUUUGGUCCACAUGAUCAACCUGAUGGAGGAAGUGGUGGUAUAUUUGCUACAUGGCUUGGCAUGUUGAGUACGGAUCUGACCAAGUUUCCCAUAAAUUAUGAUGAUUGGAGGAAUGUACAACAAUGGCGAAAGGAUGAUGCUUGGGACUACAUUCAGACUAAGUUUUGUUUUGAUAGUUCAAACAAAAACUAUAAAGACUUUGUGAUGAAGAGCUUGAGUAUGAAGUGCAAAAGUUUAAAAACUCGUCUAUGGGAACAUUUGGGAAGGAACAAUCCUGAAGAAACUUUACAGCUCCGCCCUGACUUUGUUCCAAAAGAACAGUGGCAAGACUUUGUUUAUAUGCAGUUUAGUGAGAGAACUAAGAAUUUGAGAGAACAAAACAAGAUAAGCAGGAGCCAUUACAAGACACCUCAUACUUUAGGGAAGAAAAGCAUUUCUCGAAAGUCGAAAGAAAUUUUUCUUAAGACGGGGAAACGUCCAAGUCGUGCAGAAAUCUAUGUGAGCUCACGCCAAAAAGCUAAUGGAGGAUAUGUUAAUGAAGAAGCUCGUGAUUUAUCGGAAAAAUUAACAGAGAAGAUGGUUCACACUAUAGAAGAUGGUUCAAGUAAAGAUGAUGAAUUCUCUCAAGUUUUUGGCCCCGAACAUCCAGGUCGUGUUUGUUGUGUUGGGCUUGGUCCUACUCCUUCAUCUUUCUUCAAGAAUCGCAUCUCCUAUGAAACAGAAGUGGGCAUAGAACGUGAAGAUGACAGGAUUAUAAGGUAA